CACAUAAAUAAAUCAUUUUUUCUGGUGGCGAUUGGAGUCCUCAUACAAAUUUGACAAUUGACAUAAUCGACAGACAGUUGAAUAACUUAUAGUUAUCAUUGUCAAUUGAAGAACCAACCAUAUAUAUAAUAUCAUCAUGGGUCAGGGUCCAUCGGGUAUGCCGGGAGGCGAUAACUUCAAUAAGAAGAAAGACGAUAAAAAAAAGGAAAAGCCAAAGUAUGAACCACCAGUCGAAUCUAAGUUUGGUAAGAAGAGAAGAAAGGGUCCAGAUACUGCUAUUAAAUUACCAAGUGUAUACCCAAAUACUAGAUGUAAAUUAAAAUUAUUAAAGUUAGAAAGGAUAAAGGAUCAUUUAUUAUUGGAAGAAGAAUUUGUAACUAAUCAAGAAGCAUUCCAACCAACUGAAGCUAGACAAGUUGAAGAACGAGAAAAAGUAGAUGAAUUAAGAGGUUCCCCAAUAUCAAUUGGAACUUUAGAAGAAAUUAUUGAUGAUGAUCAUGCCAUUGUAUCUAGUACUGCUGGAUCUGAAUAUUAUGUUUCUAUUAUGUCAUUUGUAGAUAAAGGAUUAUUAGAACCUGGUUGUUCUGUACUUUUACAUCAUAAAACUGUUUCAGUAGUUGGUGUAUUACAAGAUGAUGCUGAUCCAAUGGUUUCAGUAAUGAAAUUAGAUAAAUCUCCUACCGAAUCUUAUGCUGAUAUUGGAGGUUUAGAAUCACAAAUUCAAGAAAUUAAAGAAGCAGUUGAAUUACCAUUAACACAUCCUGAAUUAUAUGAAGAAAUGGGUAUAAAACCACCAAAGGGAGUAAUAUUAUAUGGUGCCCCAGGUACUGGUAAAACUUUAUUAGCAAAAGCAGUUGCUAAUCAAACAAGUGCGACAUUCUUAAGAAUUGUAGGAUCUGAAUUAAUUCAAAAAUAUUUAGGUGAUGGUCCAAGAUUAUGUAGACAAAUUUUUCAAAUUGCUGGAGAACAUGCACCAUCUAUUGUAUUUAUUGAUGAAAUUGAUGCUAUUGGUACUAAAAGAUAUGAAUCAAGUUCAGGAGGUGAAAGAGAAAUUCAAAGAACAAUGUUGGAAUUAUUAAACCAAUUAGAUGGAUUUGAUGAUAGAGGAGAUAUUAAAGUUAUUAUGGCUACAAAUAAAAUUGAAUCAUUAGAUCCUGCCUUAAUUAGACCUGGUAGAAUUGAUCGUAAAAUUUUAUUUGAAAAUCCUGAUUCAAAUACAAAAAAGAAAAUUUUAACUAUUCAUACAUCUAAAAUGAGUUUGGCUGAAGACGUUAAUUUAGAUGAUAUAGUUACAUCAAAAGAUGAUUUAUCAGGGGCUGAUAUUAAAGCCAUAUGUACUGAAGCUGGUUUAUUAGCAUUAAGAGAACGUAGAAUGCAAGUUAAAGCUGAUGAUUUUAAAGCUGCUAAAGAAAGAGUACUUAAAAAUAAGGUUGAAGAAAAUCUCGAAGGCUUAUAUUUAUAGAGUUAAGUAAUUAGUAGUAAUAUAAAAAAAGAAUCGCGAAUC